CGGUCUUUCACACAAGCCAGAAGAUGAUGCGGAACGUCACCAACUUCCACAAAGCUGCUCAGAUGGACACCGCUAACAGGAAAGCCCUGGUGGUCGUCUUGAUGCUGCUGCUGUCUCAACUGGACUGCGAUGCUCAAAGCGUGUCUGAAUGCUGCAGACAGCCAUCUCGCUCCUGUCGCCUCUACGUGCUACUUUGUCGCUCUGGCAGCAAGAGCUUAGGGGAAACCCUCACAGGAGACGCAUCGGCCGGGAUCCUGACUCUGGGUAAACGGGACAAGGACGAGCAUCGCCUGCAGAGCCGGCUCCACCAGCUCCUUCACGGCUCAAGGAACCAGGCGGCAGGGAUCCUGACGAUGGGGAAGAGGACCGAGGAGCGGCCCGGAGACCAGUACAUGGACUGGCUGGCUCGGUCGAGAGCUACCAUGGUGACACCGUUAGCUGGUUGA